AAUAGUGAAAUACUUGCUACAGAUAAGAUACAUUUUUAGAUUAGGAUGAGAACAUGGUUCAUUUAAGAGAUCCCGCUUGUCUUGGAUUCUUGGUUUAUUCCAUUUUCCAGCUAAUCAUCUUGAUAAUGUUGACUGAUUAUAUUCAUGCUUUCAACAUCGAUGUAUCCUCACCAAGUGUUUAUCAGGGUUCUCCUGAAAGCUAUUUCGGCUUUGCUGUAGAACUGCAUCGAGAGGGGAACCAAAACAUGAUCCUUGUUGGGGCACCUCGGGCACAGACUGACCAAUCAGGGGUUGACAGGGGUGGGGCAGUCUACAAAUGCCCAGUCAACACGAAUCAUAAAGAACCAACACCGUCACCAACAUCGGCAUCAUCAUCGUCAUCAUCAUCGUCAUCAUGGGUUGACCCAACUGACGCAAGCCAAUCUCUGUCUUCCUCUUAUGAGGUACCGAGGAGCGCCAAGAAGAUACCCUCGUCACCAUCAACUCCCGAACCCGCCACGAUAUCACCGGAUACAACAUCAGGUUCUUCCUGUCAACAGAUACCUUUUGAUACUUCAGGAAACGACUUUAUUGAGGGAGAUCAGAUAACCAACAAGUCUGGUCAGAUGCUUGGGAUGACCAUUAAAAGCUCAGGACCUGAUGGCACAGUGAUAGUUUGUCGGCCACUAUACACCUGGUUUUACUAUGUUGAUAGUCAUCCAGAUACGAGAAGGUUUCCUGUUGGAGGAUGUUUCUUUUCAAAUGAUAACUUCACCAGAAUAUCUGCUUUCAAUCCAUGUAUAACAUAUGACUCUUCGAGGGUCAAUUUUCUGAGGUGUGUGUUCGGAUUAAGUGCCGCAAUAUCUGAGACGGAGUGGAUAAUUGGAGCUGUUGGUGCUUUCUAUGCCCAAGGAGAGUUAUACGUUGGUAACUUUUCAAGUGACACUACUACUACUGUUAGGAGGAGUGAUGUAAUUGAUAGCAUCAAUUAUGACUUUACCUACAGAGGUUCUUCUGUAGCAUUUGGAGAUUUCUUCGGAGAUGGCGAAGAGGAGUAUGUGACUGGUGUACCACGUGGUUCCAUUCACCAUCGGGGAUUGGUAGAGUUUCGCGAUAGAGCUCUGAGGAACUAUCUGAUUAUUAAUGGUCAUCAAAUCGGUUCAUACUUUGGUCACGCCUUGGUCGUAGCUGACUUCAACGACGACGGGUACGAUGAUAUUAUUAUCUCUGCUCCGAUGUACACUGCAUACGAUAUGCCCAUCACUGACGGCUGGGAGGUUGGAAGAAUUCACAUAUAUUAUAAUGACAGACAGGGUGAAUUCCCAGUAUCUCAUACAAUCAGCGGCGAAUGGCCUGGUGGAAGAUUCGGUUAUACUAUGACAACACUUGGUGAUAUCAACAGAGAUGGCUAUAUCGACCUGGCAGUAUCGGCGCCAUAUUUCGGGGAUGAGAAAGAGGGUCGAGUCAGUAUUUACCUCAGCUCUGGAUCACGUGGUCUAUCUCCUACUCCUAGUCAGCACAUCAGUCCAUCUAUGUUCGGUAUGAGAAUGACGUCAUUUGGAUUUUCACUCGGAGGUGGCUUAGACGUGGAUAACAAUACAUAUCCCGAUUUGGUUGUAGGAUCAUAUUUAUCAUCUACAGUGUUACUCUUCAGGUCUCGUCCUGUAGUUAAUCUCAAUAUCACAUUGACCUUGAAUGGAAUGAAAGGCAUUGACUUAGAUGAACGCAAUCUUCUUCAGCAAGACGGAUCACAUGUCGCCAGCUUUAAAGUAUCUCUGUGUAUGCUGUUUACUGGAGUUGCUCUCCCUGAACAAAUGAAUGUAUCAUAUACUCUCUCAUCUAUUGACCAGACCCCCAUCAGAUCUAUGUUGUUAUUACCUAACGGGUAUGCAGAUUCCUUCAGCCAGGUGUCAUCUCUUUCAAAGGACAUACCACGUUGUAUUCAUCUUACUGGCUUCAUUGUGAAUUCUAUUCGAGACAAGUUAACACCUAUUCGAUACAGAGUUGAUUAUGCGAUAACUAACAACCAGGAAAGUUAUGAUGGAAACUUAUCCCCUAUUUUGGAUUCUAAGAUUGAACCACAUAAAGAGUUAUCAAUCCCCUUCAUAUAUGACUGCAAUAGUACCAUCUGCGUACCAGACCUCUCUAUCGAUGUGUCAUCAGAUACUUCUGUGAUAGUAGUAGGAGCACCAGCGGUGAUUCAUCUGAAUAUUUCUAUAUCAAACCAUGGCGAGGAUGCCUAUGAGAGUAUACUCAACUUCACUCAACCGAAUAACUUUCAAUUCGUGCAGGUUAUUCAACUAAGAAAGAAUAAUCGUCUGAUCACGUGUGACAAGAAGGCUGGAAGAGCUGAUUUAGUUUGCGAUCUUGGAAAUCCGAUGAAAGCAAAUGAACAGAUCCUCAUUCAACUUGUGUUCGCAGCCGCUACUGUGGAAGGCGAUUUCACCAAUUUCUCAUUCGUAAUGGAGACUUCAAGCACACACAAUGACAGUACCCCAAUCAACAACAGAGUUUCUGUAGGCGUGAAUGUCACUGUUAAAUCAGAGCUUAGUUUCGAAGGGGCAGCAGAUAAUGAAUAUCUUCUUUAUGACUAUGAAAGAGGCAACACUUCAAUGACAGACGAGGAACCCAACAUGAUUCAUCGAUAUAUGCUCCGUAAUAGGGGACCGAGUGACAUCGGACGGACAUCCGUGUUGAUUUAUUUUCCACAUUCAAUCUCGGAUUCGACCACCGAUCACGACAUCAUAGAACUCGUCGACGCCGAGGUUGAGGGUGGCGAUAAAUGUGAUGUGUUGAAGGUCGUAACAGAUAAGAUUCUUUCGACUACUGCUGCCCCUCCUGAUGAUGAUUCAAGUGUUUAUUCGUCAACCGCCCCUUCCCCUCAGCAUGGUCACCAGCUAUCAACAUCGUCUCCAACAAACAAUCCUACAGAGCCAGUGUUUGGUGGUCGAUCACCUGCUCGACGUCGAAAGCGACGUGCUGAUAUUGGAGUGUCGAACAACAUGACCGAAGACGAUUACAUAUCGUUUGAGGAUGAUAUACCUAUCAUCGAAUGCCUUGAUGGGACUGUCUGUUUUGAGAUCACAUGUCACAUAGAUACACUAGGAACAAGGAAAACAUCUUUCCGGGACAGUGCUACGAUCAUUGUGACGUCACGUUUUAAUGUUGAUCUUUUUCUCAAACUGAGCCCGGAGCUCAACACCACCAGUCUUGCCGUGGUUUCUAACGCAGAUGUUUUAGUGUAUGGUAGCGAGUACACCGUUCAACUGCCUUCAAAUAUAUCGUUUUCUGCAACGGCAACUACGAGAGUGGUAGCGAUGCAGCAGAUAAUAGAAGAUAAUGGUAACGAUUCGAACCCCUAUCAACCCGGUCCUUUACCAAAGACCAGUAUCUGGAUGAUCAUUUUGGCUUGCUUGGUGGGCGUGGCUCUUCUUGCCGGUACUAAUGCUAUUCUAUACAAGAUGGGGUUCUUUAAGCGGCAGAGGAUUGGUAUGGAGGACAAAGUGUUACUCCGAAAGAAACCUGACAGGAUGAGUCUUAGACAACGAAGUGUAAUCUUUGAUGAUGACUAG